AUUGACAUGAAUUAAAUACUUAUUCACACAAUUAUUUCGUAGUGGCAUAUCUUUAUGAUGCUUUAUGUAUAAUAUGCCUGUGCGCACGUGUUUCCAUUUGUUCUACAAAACGUACAUAUUCCGCAUCCAGGGGAAAUUUGUGCAAUCUCAGCACAUGUACAUCACAUGCAGGUGAUGGCAAAGCGGCACGCUAAACGAGAUAACGAUACAUUAUGCAAGUUUGCGUCACAUGGGUUUAUUGCAUCAGAGCGCGGCUGCUCGUCGUAUUCUAUACGCCGAUGAAGAGAAACUCAGCUUCGACUUUUCAUAGGAAUGUUUUAUGAGGGGUAGCUGUAAGGGAGGAAUACAGACACUUGAACUAAUUUCGAUUGCUCAAAUAUAUUCGACUCGGAUAGAUAAAGAUCCAACUGAUGGUCCGUAAUGCACAUUAAAUAAUUUCUAUUCGCUUGCAUCAAGUACAAUUUCGGAAAGAGGUAUGAAGCGCGUAAUCUACUCGCGAGUACCUCUUUCUCCAACGGGGCAUUUUUUCCCUGGCACCAUCGAUCCCAUGCAGCAUCCCGUGACACACUUUGCAUCAAAUGUUGCUGUAAAUCUUACCGAUUGCAGCAAACUACGCUCUAGAAACGCGGAUGAGUUUCAGGAUAUAUAAAGAACGGGGCAAGUUCCUAUGUUUGUCAUUCUCUUAAGUCUAUCUUGCGCUGAAAGGAUAGCGACGAGAGCAGGGAAUCUCCCUUUUGAUGGGACAAAGCAACGGAAGUAUUCUUUUCUAUUGUUGGAAGGCAUCGGAAUCAUCAAUAUGUUUAAGAUUGGUAUAACGAUGUUUAUCACGAUGCUGGCCACGGCACGUACGGAAUUGCCAGUCAAUUCUUAUCUACCUGCGAAAAGGGAAAUGUCCAGUGCGAGUAGGGGUCAAGACGACUUGUCCACCCGAUACGGUGCGCCGAAUUUUGAUAGCGCAUCAAAUUUCAACAGGCAGAGUGAUAAUAACGCGGCUGGUCCGUCGAGGCUUUACGGUGUACCCAUUGGAAAAAACGCCGAUGAAACCGGCCAGUUCGGAGAUGGACAACCCUUUAGCUCUUACGAUACUUUCAGCGGUGGCUCCAACGGUAUUGACGGAUCAUCGGGCUACACGAGUUCUGCCACGAAGGAAAACAGCCUCGGUAGAUUUAACAGCAAUAACAACGGAGAGAAACUGUCAAGUUACGGUGUUCCUGGAACACCGAAUGGAAACAAUAAAGGGGGUUUUGGUGAAGAAGAUAACAACAAAAGGCCUCCAAGUAGUUACGGAGUACCUGAGAGAAAUGGAAAUACCAAUUACAAUGGCAAAAAUCAAUUUAACGAUGGAAAUAAUGGAAGAGAACCGUUGACCAGCUACGGGCUCCCAAAUAGAGUCAACACGAACGGUAUAAACGCAUUCGGUAAUAUCAAUGGAGAAUUGUCAAGCAGUUAUGGUCCGCCUAAUAGCGAUGGAAAUGGAGAAAAUUUCAGAAACAAUAAUACUAACGGCUACUUAUCCGCAAGUUCGAAUGGAAAUGCAGAGAAUUUUAAGAACGGAGGAAAUGACGGCGAAAGUUAUAACGAUAACGCACAAAAAGAAAAUAAUGAACCAACGAAGUACGAAUUUUCGUACUCGGUGAAGGACGAACGAUCCGGCAGUAAUUAUGGUCACAUGGAGACUCGGGAAGGUGAUCGUAUUCAGGGCGAAUUUAACGUUUUACUUCCAGAUGGGAGGAAACAAAUUGUCGAGUACGAGGCCGAUCAGGAUGGAUUUAAGCCGCAAAUUAGAUACGAGGGCGAAGUGAACACCGCUGGAGGAUACGGUUCUGACGCGCCGUUUAACAACGAUGUUUAUUCUUCUAGUAGACGAAAUAACGAAGCCAGCGGUAGCUCCGCUAAUAAUUCAAGAUUCAAUACGGAUAGUGACAAUGGCGGUUAUCCAAACGCUGACUUUGGUGGGAGAAAGACUGACAGAUUUAGCGGUGGAAGCAGAGACGAAGGCAACGGUUAUCAAUCAGGAAAACCAGGGAAACAAUUCUUUGGCCGAAAUAAGGAUGGCAGCUUAAGCGGCGAUAUCGGCGAACAUUUUUCCAAUGCUCCUAACAACAAUAUCGACGGCAAUAGUUAUGCGGAUAUUGGAGGUUGGUCAAAAAGUCUUUUCGUAUUUUGAGGCGCUCUACUUUGCGCGCCUGCAUUCAAAGCAAACCAUGAAAGGGAGGGGUGAUUGUUUUAAAUUCACCUAACCUCGCUGUACAAACUGUUGCAGACGUAGAGCGCCUGUGAGCUAUUGUGAGGUUAUAAACAAAUCGCAAAAUGGAGCUUUCAAAACAGCAAAUUAGGCCAAUUUUGUUGUAUGAGUUUAAAAGGGGCACGAAUGCGUCUCAAACCCAUCGAAAUUUAUGUGAAGUUUUUGGACAAGAUGUGAUUACCGUUAGGUCAUGCCAAUUUUGGUUUGAAAAAUUUCGAAAUGGUGAUUUUAACCUGGAGGAUGAGCCCAGGUCCGGAAGGCCUUCGGUCAUCGACAAAGCGCGCUUGCGAAGCAGAGUCAAAGAAAGCCCGGAUAUUACCACUCGCGAGCUCGAGGCGGAAUUCGGAGUAUCUCACGGAACCAUCAUCAACAGCCUCCACCAACUUGGCUUUGCGUCAAAAUUGAACAAGUGGGUACCGCAUGCAUUGAGCGAGAGGAAUAAGCUUGAUCGCAUCUCCAAGUGCGUUACACUACUCAACGGACAUCGCAACGAACCUUUUCUUGAUCGAUUAAUUACGUGCGACGAAAAAUGGAUCUUUUAUGAUAAUGUGAUACGAAAACGAAGUUGGUGCGAGUCCGGAAGUUCAGCUCAGAGGACUCCAAAGCGGAAUAUCCACGGGCAGAAGAUCAUGUUAAGUGUGUGGUGGGGUGGGAUGUGCGCGGAAUUGUCUACUGUGAGCUCCUACCAAGAAAUCAAACUAUCAAUACGGCGGACCUCUACUGUCAGCAAUUGGAAAGAGUUCAGACAAAACUCAAGGAACUCCGACCCCAACUUGUCAAUCGUAAAGGUAUCCUCUUCCACCAGGACAACGCUCGUCCUCAUGUGAGUGCCCUCACGUUGAGAAAAAUCGGAGAGCUUAAUUGGGAACUUCUCGAGCACCCACCAUACUUUCCUGACCUCGCGCCAUCCGACUAUCAUCUUUUUAGAUCCCUGCAAAAUUUUCUUAACGGAAAAAAAUCGCUUCGGCAGACAAAGUCCAAAGAGAGUUGGAUCUUUUCUUUAAUUCCAAGACUAGUGCCUUUUUCAAGGACGGAAUUUUCAAGCUUGUAGAUCGAUGGGAGGAGGUCAUUGGACGAGGCGGAGACUAUAUUGAUGAUUACAAUAAAAGUGCGUUUUGUGAAAAACAA